GGUGUUCUAUAGCUGUGUGUGUCUCCCCGACAGGUGUUCCAUGCCUGUGUGUGUCUCCCCGACAGGUGUUCUAUAGCUGUGUUUGUCACCCCGACAGGUGUUCUAUAGCUGUGUGUGUCUCCCCGACAGGUGUUCUAUAGCUAUGUGUGUCUCCCCGACAGGUGUUCUAUAGCUGUGUGUGUCUCCCCGACAGGUGUUCUCGCGGGCGCGGGUGCUGUUCAGCGUGGGCGGGGAACACUACCACGUACAACCAGCUGUGGAGUUCGAGUACGUGGUGGACCGCAUCUUCGAGCACGCGCGCAACGUGACCAUCAGACUCCACAACGCCGCCGCCAAGUACGUCAAGCUGCAACUCUACUUCGCCCUCAGGUGGAUCCUCAUCUCCGAGGUCACUUUUGACUCCAUUCCCUGUCGCUGUAACAUGACGGUGGAGGAGGAGCCCAGCCCGGUGGAGACGCUAAGGGAGGGACAGACGUUCGAAUCCCGCUCACCUCUGGUCCCUACUGACGACUCCCCUUCAGGACUCCUCGUCGGGGGUCUGGUCACCCUCGGUGUGGUGUUCGGGGUGGUGCCUGUUGUGCUGUGUAUCUUGUACUACCGCACCAGACUUCCUCUUAGGACGGAGAAGCCUGAAGCGCCGGUCAACGUCGCUGAAAACAGAAAAGUGUCGAUGAAGAUGAAAGACUUACACAUAAACCUGAACUUGGCGUCUGUGUCGAACGGUUACUCGAGAGCUAAUGGGAAGUUGUAUGGUCAUGUUGCUAUGGAUGAUGAGGCUGGGUCGUCCCUCUACCAGGAACCUUAUAAGACUCAGUUAACUUCUAGUCAGUACAGCCUCAGUAAGUCUGGCGGCUUCUCUGACACGAUCAUCAAGAAUCCUUUCCCACCAGACACAGAUGACUCCGUGGACUAUGCUGUACCAAACAUAAACAUGACUCCUCCACCCCCAUUCUCAGAGGCUUACACUCACCCGUUAACUCCGCCAUUCAAUCAACGAGUCAGUCAAUCGUCACUCCAAGACCAGGCUCCCUCCUGUCCACCUAUACUCCCUAUCCCCCCCAUCCCACCUCCUCCUGAAGAACAUUACUUCCGAGCGUCGCAGUUAUGCCAGGCUUCCAGCAUCCAGGGUGUGACAGGCACUGUUAUAUACAACGAAAGUGAGGUGUCUGAUGCUAACUACGAGCGACCGGUGCCAGAGUUGGCUCGGCACCGCCUUCAUCCACUGGAGGUCCUUGGUGGAGGAGCUUAUGGCGUCGUUCAGCUGUGUAGAGUGGAUGACGUCGACCGUAAAGGUUCACGGAUGACGCUCAUGAAACAACUCCAUCCUGGAACGAAAGAAGUUUUGAAGAAAGAGUUUCAUCAAGAAGCGAGAUCUCUCAGUCAUAUUGAGGACCCUAACGUGGCUCGUCUGGUGGGGAUGGUGACCAGGACGGAGCCGCUGUGUAUGCUGGUGGAGUACCUUCCUCAGGGUGACCUCUGUCAGUUCCUCAGAAGACACCUGCCUGAGAAUUCAAUACUCGAGGGAGUGGAGUUGGAUCGGCCUCUUAUAAGUUACGGCGGCCUCAUUUAUAUAGCAACUCAAGUGGCUUCCGGAAUGAGACACUUAGAGACCAUCAAACUUGUUCACCGAGACUUGGCAACCCGCAACUGCCUUGUGGGUAGCGGCCUCAGUAUAAAGAUCUCUGACUUUGCCAUGAGUCGACCUCUGUAUUCCAGCGACUACUACCGGCUGAGUGAAGGUCGGGCUCUCCUGCCCAUCAGGUGGAUGGCGUGGGAGUCUAUCCUUCAGGGUCGGUUUUCCACCAAGAGUGACGCGUGGGCGUUCGGCGUGACGCUGUGGGAGAUCCUGACGAUGGCCCGCCAGCAGCCCUACGACGAACUGAGUGACGACGGCGUGCUGGAGAACGUGUCUCACUGUUACCAUGGUGAUGGCUCCGGUAUGAUGGUGUUGCCUCAUCCGCCGCUCUGUCCUCGCGAGAUGUACGACAUGAUGACUGCCUGCUGGAGACCCAACGACCGCCAGCGACCUCCCUUCUGGGAGAUCCACUUGUUCCUGCAGCGUAAAAAUUUGGGUUAUGCGCUUGACUAUAAAGAGUGAGCUGUACUACGAGGUGUCCAGGUUAUGAACAUAAAAUCCUGAGUUACUUCCUCAACUGCCAGGGUUCUGUAGUGCUCUGCGGGAUAUUGUAGGGAAACACCCUCGGCUGCCUUGGGUGUGGCGCCCUGCACACACACUUCUGGGAGGUCCUGCAGCGUGAAAACCACAAUUACUGCUUCGUCAGCCUAACUGGAUCUCGUCUACUGAGAAGUAAUGUUAAGGUCCUCGUGUUUGUCCAGCUGAGAGACUUGACCUCCCUCCACUGUUCCCUGGAACAUGUACUACAGAGAGCACUUGUACAGUGACCUGGAACAUGUACUACAGAGAGUACUUGUACAGUGACCUGGAACAUGUACUACAGAUAGCCCUUGUACAGUGACCUGGAACAUGUACUACAGAUAGCCCUUGUACAGUGACCUGGAACAUGUACUACAGAGAGCACUUGUACAGUGACCUGGAACAUGUACUACAGAGAGCACUUGUACAGUGACCUGGAACAUGUACAAUGACCUAAGCCAGCCAAGACUUACAGUUAUAUGAAUACCAGAAUCAGCGUUAUGUAUUAUAAUCUUUAUAGAAAAUUACUGUUGUGGUUUGUGUAUCAGAGGCGUCCAUAGUGUUUACUGGUGACAUAAACUGUACCGUAUAAAGUCAUUACUACAGUCACUAUUAACUCACAAUUGCAACACUAAGACUAACUUUGGUCCACAUGUAACUGAAACAGCGGAAUGACCAUAGUGAACCUUGUAGUACCAAAAUGUGAUCAAACUCCUAUAGAAAGUAAUUGACAAGAGUUGACGAAACACAUUAUUAUUAACACUAGACAUUGUUUUCAGUGUAAUUCCAAAUAUCUAUCUUUAACACACUAAUCGUCUUCUACCCAUGAACUUGUGGGGCUGUGAACUGACUGUGAUAUAUCAACAAAGUGAACCUAAGACUAGUAGUGGCCACCGAGGGAGAGACAUCACCGGCCACCGAGGGAGAGACAUCACCGGCCACCGAGGGAGAGACAUCACCGGCCACCGAGGGAGAGACAUCACCUAACGCUAUAUCCCUCACAGGCUUCUCGCCUUACCCGUUGGUGACCAGAGGCCCACUCACCUCAUCCACUGCUCCUAAAUGACUCUUGUAAACAUUAAACGAUCUUAACUUACGUGUUUUUGAUGUAAUAAUUAAGGAGUUAAGUUAUUAUAUUUAUCGUAGGCUGUACAUAAUUAUCCUUCUAGUCAUUUUUCUCUGCAUUUCUUCACAUUUCUCUGCAACUGACAGUGUUUGCUGGUGUGGAUAUUGAAAUUGGUAGAAUGUUUUAAUUAUUAUGUUAUGAUGUAAAUACGCUUUAGAUUCUUCUCCCGAAUAAAUGACAUUAGUUCAGAGUUAAGACAUGAAGCUGUAUAGAGGGUUGAACACGCUUAAUGAGUUAUACAAAAGCGAAGCUAGAAUCCACACUAUAUAAAGGUUAUGAUUCUGUGAAAUAAAUGACGUGGGUUUUGAGAUAAUCACCUACUGUGUUAGUGUUGAAGCUCUUACCAAGUCAGCUUUAUAGGUUCUUACUCCACAUCUUCUCACUUAAUGGAUUCACACAGGUGUUGGAGUCUAUGGCGACUUCUUCAACAGUGAUCAUUAUGUACUUUAAUGCCAAUAUAAUAUUCACGAACCAUUUGUGAUUAGUAUUAACCAGGUUAAGGCAACAGUUAGAUACACCGUGUUUGGACAUAAGAUACAGUUAGUGUUGUAUUAUUUUUAUGCUUUUGUACCGAAGAGAACGAUGAACAUAAUAAAGUUGUAUAAUAUGUUUG